CGCGGUAACGCGCUCCCAAUGUAAUGACGCUAUUGCCGCGCGCAUUGAAUAAGUAUGAGGCUCGAUUUUUAAUCUUCUCGAUUGUUCGCAGAGUUGAGACAAUGGCGUGUUAGUUUAUUCAUUUAUAUUCAGAAUGAACACCGGUUUAUCGCGUCAGGAAGCUACCAAGCUGCUGGUAGCGAUGGCAUCCUUGGUAAACUUCGAACCAACCAAUGCCACAUUUGAGGAACAGGAGAAGGUAUUUGGUCUGCUCGGCUACACGCCAGCUAAAAUGUUGCUCGAACUGAGCCAACCUUGUGGUUCGCUGAUCAAGUACUGUUACUGGCUGGAAGCGGAAGUGUCCUGUGCCAAGCACUUUCAGAUAACGAAAACCCACGAAGGAUUUUGUUGCUCGUUCAAUGCGGAUCAAGCAAUGCAUGUGGAUUACAAGGUGAACUCACGAUCCACCGGAUCCGCAAACAUUCGGCUCUCAGGCGCUAGUAAAUACGUGGGUCUAUCGGUGAUGAUUGACAUCCAACCGGAAAACUAUAUGGGGCCGAUCAAAUCCUACUACGGGGCGGAUGUCUACGUUCAUAGCGCGAAGGAUUUUCCUGGCGUAUCGGAUUUUGAAGGCACUGUUCAACCUGGCUGGGAUGUGGAUCUAGGUGUGACUCCGAUCCCGAUUGACAGCAGUGCUUCGCUGCAGCAGGUCCCUCUAAUGCAAAGAAGAUGUUACAUGGAAAAUGAAGGCAAACUGCAGUCGAGUAAGUCGUUCAGUUUGAACCUCUGCAUGUCUGAGUGCAGGCUGAGGACCGUUAUCAAAAUGUGCGGUUGUGUGCCAUUCUACUACGCAGAUUUUAAUAUUGUGGAGGCAGAGGGUGUUCCCAUGUGCACUAUCAAGAGUGUAAAUUGCCUGAGACACUACAGAAAAUACUUCUUCAGUUUGAAACCGCCACGAAGAUAUUCGAAUGAAGAUCUCAGCUUCGACCAUGGCAUGGAUUGCGACUGUAUGCCAUCGUGUACAUUUCUGGACUACAACGUGCAGAGAAUAUCUAGCAAGAGACAGAACGGCAUGUUCGUAUCAUCGUACUUUGGCGGCCGUAAUGUGUCCAACUACGCCACCCUCCACGUACACUUCAAGGAUCUCUUCUGCGUAAAGUACCGCCGGGAGGCGUUCAUGACGUGGGACUCCCUUCUCGCUUCGUUUGGUGGCAUCUUCGGCCUCUGCAUGGGUGGAUCCGUGCUGAGUAUCGUCGAACUGUUCUACUACUUCACCGUAAAACCAUUCACCAUAUACAAGGACAACCGUCUCCGAUCCAGCCAGGAUGUGGUGGGUCAGCUGCAGUUGGUGAAGCGGCCGCCAUCGAGUAGACGCCCCAGUCAGAUAUUCCGCCCGUACCGCUUUCCGUUGGGGUAUUUCGAGCGGAGGAACGUUCUCUUCCGGGAACGAUCCAGCGGAACAACCCGCAAGAGGAUCGUGGUGCAGUCGCAGAUGAUUUCGGCUUUCGAAAUGAACGAGAUUCGGAACGAGAAAACCGGAGCGAUAUUCUUGUAUUGAACGAGUUUUGUAUUUAUUGGCGAUCAAAUGGGGUUAUGCUGGUUCAAUGGAAUAUUUACACAUAUCAUUAACUUAGCGUAGUUUUAAUCUAAAUAACGUUGUGAAAUAUUGUAUGCUUGAUCGAUGCAAACAGUAACCCGGUUACUUGCCGGAGGAGUGUAAUUUCGUUUCGCUAGAUGUUGAUCACACCCUGAAGCACCAGAAAAGCAAGAACCAUUGUAUAUGUACAUUUUAACCUAUUCGUAAGCUAUCACUAACAUAAAUGAAAUGUUUCCACAAUUCCUGUCCCACAAUGAGACGGUUCACAUUCGGUUUCGUCUAUCGAACAUUUUAGGACAGGAAGAGCACCAUUUUGCUUAUCGAAUACAUGCAAACUAUCCUAAUCUAGGCUAAGCAAAUCUUUUUCCGAUCAGACCAUUUGUUGAAGGCGACUUGUGAGAGGUGUGCUCAAGUUCCGCCUUUUGCGCUACAUAAAAUAGUUUCGUUUCAUUCUUAACCAUUUAAGCUUAACUGUUCAUCUGGAUGAAAUGAUUGUCUUUGUAUGGAGCAAUUCCAAAUGAAAUCGACAAAUGACAAAACAUGGGU